GCGCCGAACUCGCGUCAAGGGUUUUAUGACGUCAUUGAGACAACAUGUCGUCUGAUAGGAAACGAAGGGGAAGGAGCAGUAGUUCUAGCAGUAGUAGUUCCAGUAGCAGUAGCAGUGAGGAUGAAGUGCCGGAGAAGCGUCGGUGCGAGCAGAAUGAUGAGCCGGAGGAAGGCUGGGUGGGGCCCAUGCCGGCCGAAGCCUCUCACAAUAAGAAGCGAAAAGUUCUUGAAUUUGAGAGAGUAUACUUGGACAAUCUCCCCAGUGCUUCCAUGUAUGAACGCAGCUACAUGCACCGAGACGUCAUCACCCACAUCGUAUGCACAAAAACAGAGUUCAUCAUUACUGGAAGUCAUGACGGACACGUCAAGUUCUGGAAGAAAGUAGAAGAAGGGAUAGAAUUUGUAAAACAUUUUCGAAGCCACUUAGGUGUAAUAGAGAGUAUAGCAGCUAGUGCUGAGGGAGCCCUGCUUUGUACAGUUGGAGAUGAUCAAGCCAUGAAAGUAUUUGAUGUGGUGAAUUUUGAUAUGAUCAACAUGUUAAGACUUGGUUUCCAUCCUGGGCAGUCAGAAUGGAUUUAUUGUCCCGGUGAUGCGAUAUCAGCUGUUGCCUGUUCUGAGAAAAGCACUGGGAAGAUCUUCGUUUACGAUGGUCGAGGAGAUAACAAACCAAUGCAUGUAUUCGACAAGCUUCACUCUUCCCCUCUAACCACCAUCCGACUGAAUGCCAUUUACAAAGUGGUUGUGUCUUCUGACAAAAGUGGGAUGAUUGAAUACUGGACUGGUCCCCCUAGGGGAUAUAAAUUCCCAAAUAAUGUCAGUUGGGAGUUCAAGACUGACACAGACUUGUAUGAGUUUGCCAAGUGUAAAGCCAAUCUCACAAGUAUUUCUUUCUCACCGGAUGGCAAGAAAAUGGCCACCGUUGGAUCUGACAGAAAAGUUAGAAUAUUUCGCUUUUUGACUGGAAAACUGAUGCGUGUUUUUGAUGAAUCCUUAAGCAUGUUCACAGAGCUGCAGCAAAUGAAGCAACAACUUCCUGACAUGGAGUUUGGGCGCCGUAUGGCAGUCGAGAGAGAGCUAGAAAAAGUGGACGCAAUGAAGCUAAUGAACAUUAUUUUUGACGAGACUGGGCACUUUGUGCUGUAUGGGACGAUGCUGGGCAUUAAAGUUAUCAAUGUUGAAACAAACAGGUGCGUCCGUAUUCUGGGCAAGCAGGAGAACAUCAGGGCGAUGCAACUUGCAGUGUUCCAGGGAGUAGCAAAGAAGCACCGUGCUGCUACCACAGUGGAGAUGAAAGCCUCAGAUAAUCCUGUGUUGUUGGCCGUUCAGCCUGACCCAACCAUUGUGUGCACAGCCUUUAAGAAAAAUCGCUUUUAUGUGUUCACCAAAAGGGAACCAGAAGACACCAAAAGUGCAGAGUCAGACAGAGAUGUAUUCAAUGAGAAGCCAUCCAAAGAAGAGGUGAUGGCCGCCACUCAGGCAGAGGGAUCUAAACGAGUGUCAGACAGUGCUAUUAUACACACCAGCAUGGGAGAUAUUCAUGUCAAAUUAUUUCCUGUUGAGUGUCCGAAAACCGUAGAGAACUUCUGUGUCCAUAGUCGGAAUGGCUAUUAUAACAGACAUAUGUUUCACCGUGUUAUUAAGGGAUUCAUGAUCCAGACUGGUGACCCUACUGGUACCGGAAUGGGAGGAGAAAGCAUCUGGGGAGGAGAAUUUGAAGAUGAGUUCCAUGCAACGUUGAGACAUGAUCGCCCCUAUACUCUCAGCAUGGCAAAUGCUGGCCCCAGCACAAACGGCUCUCAGUUUUUUUUGACUGUUGUGCCUACACCUUGGCUUGACAACAAACACACUGUCUUUGGGCGAGUAACGAAAGGAAUGGAAGUCGUACAAAGGAUCUGCAACUCCAAGGUUAACCCUAAGACGGAUAAGCCUUAUGAAGAUAUCAGCAUAAUCAAUAUCACAGUUAAAUAAGAUUGCGACCGCUUGGGUUUUAUCAUGCAGUGUACAUAUGUUCAUGAUUUUAUACUAAACUACACAAACCAAAACAUGUCCUGUCCUCAAUAAAUAUGUGGCCACUUGGA